UGUGUGAAAGACAUCUGCUGGAAACGUUGUCAGGGCAAAGGUGGGGGGAGGAAUGGCAACUGGGUGUCAGUGCUGGGGGAGCCGCGCCUGGUCUGUGGUGAACUGAAGGUUACGAGCCCCACGCAGAGGAUGCAGCUGCUGCUCUGCUGCAGCCGGACGCCACCUCGGAGGGUUGAAGGCCCGUGUAGCCAGACUGCCUGCCUUUUAUGACAAAUAAGAAAUCCAGAUCGUGCUGGUGUAAAAUCCCCUGAUUUAAAAAAACUUGGCUAAUCCAGAAUAUUCUCUGGUCAAAGAAAUCACGUCUGAGGGCUGAAUUCAGCCCUUGGCUGGUCGCGGGACCUGUGUAACCAGUUUAUUGCCCGGUGUGAAGUGGACGGGCUGCAAGAAUGAAACGACUGGACUUUUCUGCCAUCGCUGCCUUACAAACUGGUCCCGGCAAAUUUCUCCUCUCCAUCCUGUGACACAGGCAUGAAUGAGGGAGUGCGAACACUCUCCACAUCUUCAUCCGCAUCCCUAUAGCUAGGCCCUGCGCCCACCGGUCUCCUCAAACCCCAACACAGCCCUAGGGGGCAGCCGCACUGCUAUAUGCGCUUUACAGAGGAGGAAACUGAGGCUCAGAGAGGCCCCCAGCUUGUGAAAGGAGGAUCUGAGAUCAGAAGAAUUCCGCAACCAUGCAUGAGGAGUCAAGACAACCCUGCAAAGGACUCAUCAAUGCAAUCCGAUUUGACAACUUCGGCCUUAAGGACACUGCUAAGUGCUUCAAAGCGUGUGCACCGUCAGGGAAUGAACCCUGCAAUCUGGGAAACUUGCAGAGAUACUGGCUGAACUAUGAGAUCCAUCUGGUGGAGAAGAGUCUGACAGAGACAGUGAAUAUGGAUUUUUUGAAGGCUCUUGUCAAGAACAUCAACACCAACAUCUCAGAAGACCUGCACUUCUCUCUGACCCCCUCUCAGAUUCCGAAGCAGGUGACAGAGGACGAGCACCGGCACACUGACAGAGUCCGGCUGCCCAGGAGCCUUUUUGGAUCCUUGCAGGGCAGCAGGCCAAUGGUUCGGUUGGCCAUAACCAUCCUGGAUAUUGGUUCAGGGAAUGUCUUCAAGGGCCCUCGGCUCAGCCUAGAGGAUGGCAGCAGCGUGUUGAACAAUCGCGUGGUGGGCUUGAGUUUGGGUCAUAUAAACGUCACCGGCCUGGCUGAGCCUUUGGAGAUCACCUUCUCCCACCAGCACCAGCCUCCUAACAUGACCCUCAGCUGUGUAUUCUGGGACGUGACUAAAGGCUCCCUCUCCUCCCCAGGGUCGUCAGGAGACUGGGCUUCCAAGGGCUGCUCCACAGACGUCGGAGUCAAUAGGACCAUCUGCCGCUGUGACCACCUGACCUUCUUCGCCUUGCUGCUGAGGCCGAUCUUGGACCAAGUCACCGUAAAGACCCUCACACGCAUUUCCCAGGCUGGCUGCGGAACCUCCAUGAUCUUCCUGGCCUUCACCAUUGUCCUCUACGCUUUCCUGAGGUUUUCCCGGCAGAAGUUGAACUCCGAAGACGUCCCCAAGAUCCACGUGGCCUUGAGCGUCAGCUUAUUUCUCCUGAAUCUGGCCUUCUUCAUCAAUGUGGGGUACGGCCUGAAGGGGUCCGAUGCUGCCUGUUGGGCCCGGGGGGCCGUCUUCCACUACUUCCUGCUCUGUGCCUUCACCUGGAUGGGCCUGGAAGCCUUCCACCUCUACCUGCUCGUCAUCAAGGUCUUUAACACCUACUUCGGGCACUACUUCCUGAAGCUGAGCCUCGUGGGCUGGGGCCUGCCUGCCCUAAUAGUCAUCGGCACUGGGAGCGCCAACAGCUAUGGCCCCUACGCCAUCCGUGACAAGAAGAACACCACCACGCUGGAGCUGUGCUGGUUCUGUGAGAAAACUGCCACCUCUGCGCUCUACGCCACUGUCCACGGCUAUUUCCUCAUCACCUUCCUCUUCAGCGCCGUGGUCCUGGGCCUGGUGGCCUUGAAGAUCUUCACUCUGUCGAGUGCCACAGCGGGCAAGGAGAAGCGGCAGCACUGGAAGGGGGUCCUCACCCUGCUGGGCCUCUCGAGCCUGGUGGGCGUGAGCUGGGGGCUGGCCAUCCUCACACCCCUAGGCCUGUCCACCACCUACGUCUUUGCACUGUUCACAUCUCUGCAAGGUGUCUUCAUCUUCUGCUGGUUUGUUGUUCUCUACUUCCCAAGACAGAGCACCGUGACCUCGUCUUCCGGCACUGCCCGGGCUGACCAGACCCUCACCGUGUCUCAUGAAUAGCGGGCUGCCGUGUGGCCAGGCUGGGGCUGGCCUGCACUCUGGACUCAGCUCUGAUUUGCUGAGUGACCUUGGUGGGAGGGAAGAGGUGCUCCCUGCUUCCUUCUGGGCCUCAGCGCCCUUCUCUGUACAAUAGGACUGGGGAGCAAGGGGAUGGGAACCAGGUUGGACCAUGUGGCCUCAAAGGUCUUAUCCAGAUACACCUAUGGGUCUGAGAGUUCACAGAUCCAGGAUGGCAGGAGUCUCAAAUCCCUGUAAUCCUAAGACCCUGCCGGCACGCCCACCCCCUGCCUUCCGAGCAAAGCGGCCUUCUGGUCUCAGGAAGGGCCUGAGCCCAAAUAAGGAAGUCUGUCAUUGGCCUCUUGAAGGAGCCCCCAGCCGCUCCCCUCCCUUCCUUCCCCUUGUCACUGCCCUCCCACAACUCUACCCUCUGGCCGGGCACCUGGGGGGCCCACAGGGCCACCAUCCCCUCAGGCACUGGGGCAGUUGUGGACUGGAGGUUUGUUGCCUGGUGGGGGGGGGGGAGUGGGGUUUGGUCCUCGCACCCAGGCUGCCCCUGGUCUCAGCCACUCACCAGGGCCCAUCCUCAUGGAAGACCCCCUACCGUUCAGGGGGCUGCCAGCCCUCCAAGUGUUGGGGACACCGAAUAUCAAAGAAUGCCACUUACUCAGUAGGUGGGAUACGUCAAGCAAGCCCCCGUUCCCCACUCUGGCCUGCCCCUGUCUCGGGUCGAGGGGGUGGGAGGGGACGGGAGGGCGGG